AUGACUGCAGCUCAUUCACUUCAUUCUAUCGUGACUUCUAAGUCAGAAAUUAAAGACCAUAAUAAACAUAUCGUCAAACCUCCUGUUUUUACUACUAAGUCUAUCGCUAAUUAUUUCUUAUCUAGACCAACUACUUUAUUUCCAAGUAGGGAAGAAUUAUCUCAAUAUGAAUGGUCUGACGUCUAUAAUCCAUUUAAAUCUUUAAGAGAAGUCUCUUUGAGACAAUGGAAUUUCUUUUUCAUUGGGUUCUGGGCUUGGACUUGGGAUGCCUUAGAUUAUUUCACUAUUUCUUUGAAUGUUUCAAAUAUUGCAGCCGAUUUAAAUGUUACGGUCAAGGAUGUUUCUUGGGGUUUAACUUUAGUUUUAAUGUUCAGAUCUGUUGGUGCUGUCUUAUUCGGGUUAGUUGGUGAUACAAAAGGUAGAAAAUGGCCAUACAUAAUUAAUUUAUUGCUUUUAUCGGUAAUUCAAAUUGGUACUGGUUUCAUAACCACAUACAAAGAAUUCUUGGCUGUUAGAUCUUUAUUCGGUAUUGCUAUGGGUGGUCUUUAUGGUAUUUGUGCUGCUGAAGCCUUAUCUGAUGCUCCUCGUAAUGCUAGAGGUAUUAUGUCUGGUAUUUUCCAAGAAGGUUACGCUUUUGGUUAUCUUUUAGCCGUGGUUUUCCAAAGAGCUAUUGUUGAUACUACAGGAAAAUGGCAAAAUAUUAUGUUCUUCUCAGCUGGUGUUUCUGUCAUUUUCAUUGUCUGGAGAUUCUUUACUCCAGAAACUGAUUCAUUCAUUAAACAACAAGAAAGAAUCCUGCAAGAAGCUGAAUCUGAUAGAAAGACAAAAAUGAAAGAAUUAAAAUCUCAAGCUAGAAAAGCUUUUAAACAAUAUUGGUUAAUUCUGAUUUACUGUGUUCUUAUGAUGGCUGGUUUCAACUUUUCUUCUCACGGUUCUCAAGAUUUAUAUCCAACUAUGCUUACCAAACAAUUUAAUUUCUCCGCUGAUAGAUCAACUGUUGCUAAUGUUUGUGCUAACUUAGGUGCUCUUGUUGGUGGUAUCUUUUUCGGUCAUAUGUCUACUUUUAUUGGAAGAAGAUUUGGUAUCAUUUGUGCUUGUGUCUUAACCGGUGUCAUGAUUUAUCCAUGGGGUUUCAAACCUAAUGCUGGAACUGUCUUUGUCUUCCAAAUGGGUGUCCAAGGUGCUUGGGGUAUUGCUCCAAUCCACUUAAGUGAAUUAUCACCACCACAAUUCCGUACUUUAGUUGUUGGUACUUCUUAUCAAUUAGGUAAUUUAGUUUCUUCUGCAUCUUCUACUAUCGAAGCUACUAUUGGAGAAAGAUUUCCUAUUGCAGGAGCUGGUAAGGGAGUUUAUAAUUAUGGUAAGACCAUGGCUAUAUUUAUGGCUGCUGUUACAUUAUAUUUAAUGUUGAUUGUAUUCCUUGGACCAGAAAACAGAGGUGCUGACUUGGGUAUUGAAAGAGAUGACUAUUAUGAUGAAGAAGGAUUAGAUGACUUAGAUGAUGAUCUUGAACGUAAGAAGACUAGUGAUAAUGAUGAUUAUUCACUUGAAAAUACUAAGGCUAAUGCUAAACAUGAAGAAGUAGUCAAUGUUGAACAAAAAGUAUAA